GUUAUCCUAUUAUUACAUUUGAGAGAACUUUGCUCAUUACACUCGUCAAGACUUACCGGAACCAGUUGUAUUCAAUACCGAACCAAGUUGGUUCAUCUGGCACUUUGAACCUUGAGCUCUUUCUACUAGUUUGUUUUUUUCUUCAGCAUCAGAGGAAGUAGCAUAUAUGGCAGCAAAAACGGACCAAGAAAUUGCUCCACUGAAUGAAAGCAACGACCGGCCCAAAGAUUUGGCAAUUGAUAUCCCCGAGGGAGACUUAGAGCCUGGGCCUGAGCGUUGUAUUUUCAAGGUCCCUAGACGUUUUCGUGCAGGAAACGAAGAAGCCUACACUCCUCACUUGAUUUCAAUAGGACCUAUGCAUCAUGGUAACAAAAAUUUGGCUCAAAUGGAGUUUCAAAAGAAGAGAUAUUACGACAAAUUUUUGCUAUCCGCUUCUCAGGAGAGAUUGACAGAAUUUCAUGGAUACGUCAAAUGGAAUUUAAGACGUAUACGCAGGUGUUAUGACAUCCAAUCUAUCUAUAAGUUGGAGGCUUCCCAGCUUAUUGAGAUAAUACUAUGUGAUGCAGUUUUUAUCAUUACCCUCUUCUUGAGGGAUUUGAAGAAAAAACAAGAAUCCACCAAGGAGGACUACAAAGACGAUGAGGAGGAUGUCUACUUCGACUUCUUAAACCAAAGUGCAUUGUUAAGAGUUAAACUUCUAACGGAUUUGAUGUUACUUGAAAAUCAACUUCCGUUCUUCGUCCUUGAAGAUCUAUAUAAGCUAGCUUUCCUUACCUCCAAUGAACCCUCUUUUCUCGAUCUUGUUUGCUUGUACUUCGGUGUCAAUAAAGAUCCAUCAUUCGAGAAAAAGAAGAUUAAACACUUCACGGAUUUAAUUAGAUAUCAAGUGCUGAGGGCCUGUCCGUUGAACACAAGUACUACAGGAAGCCAUUUUCGUGUAGGAAGCCACAACAUGCACAGCGCAACGAGGUUGCAUGACGCUGGUGUUGAGUUUAAAUGUGCUGUAGUAAAUGAUGAAUUUGGUGUUAUGUUUAAUGGUGUUUCAUAUAAUUGUUAUAAGAUUGGUGGUCUUGAGUAUGAAGGCGUUGAGCUUAUAGAUAUGCUUAUGGAUGAUAUGCUCAAAUCUACUACGUACGGCUUGCUUCAGGUACGAUUUGAGAAAGGAGUGCUAAAAUUGUUAACUAUUGAUGUGGAGUACGAGACUGAGAUUCGUUUUAGAAACUUGAUGGCUUUCGAACAAUAUUAUUAUCCAAAAAGGGCAUAUUUUUGUAGUUAUAUUAAACUAUUAGAUUCUCUUGUUGACACUAGUGAAGAUGUAGAUUUACUAGUAAAGGAAGGGAUUAUUGUCAAUAGAUUGGGAAGCAGUGUAGCUGUGGCAAAUAUGAUUAACAAUCUUGCGGUGGGAGUUGUACAUUCAACUCUGCUCUAUGGUGAAAUCGGUAUGGAGCUAGGCUGGCAUUAUAAAAAUUCUUGGAAUCGUCGAUGGGCAACCUUGAAGCAUGUCUAUUUCAACGAUCUUUGGAGAGGAACUGCGACUGCUGCUGCUUUCACCGUGGUGAUACUCACUCUCAUACAAACUGUAUUGGCAAUCUUAGAAAAAGCAAUGCCCACAAAAUAAAUAAUCCUACUGGACUGCAGUCUUCGAUUCAAUGAAAAUUCAAAUUAAUCUUUUUAUGUUUGCUAAUUUGUGUGUGUUUUGCUCUUUUAAGUUUAUUUGCCUUCCCACUUUGAGUGUAAGGGGAGCUUGCUGCUCUUAUCAUGUACUGCUACUAUCAAUGAAUAAUUGUGUGCUUCUUUCAUUUUAUCA